AGUAAUCAUCUGUGCAUGCAUGAGCCGUAACAACAUUCAGGAAAACAAAUGGUGCAACGGUUUGUAGAACUUCACUGAGGCAAGUUCAGGUCUUAAAGGGAAUCCUAUUUACUUCUGCUUAGUUCCUGUCACUCAACUAAAGACACAGGCUUGGCGUUCCAGAAACACCCCAACCUCAUAAAAAACAACAAUGAUGCUUGUUACUUGACAUUUCAAAGUUGGACAGUGUUGAAUGUGAACAUGUGCCUUCAACCCACAGCUGCUCUUUCAGUUCACAGGAUAACCUAUCUUUGUAUUUGUUUAUUGACGAUCAGCUGUAUGGCCUUGUGGAGAUUCAUAGAAAAUGGUCAUCUGACAAAACCAUUUCAGCCCCCCAUUCCAAGACGAGAUGCUAGACAACCCAUAAAAACUAAUUCCUCAUACACAAUUUCCACACAUGACAUGGGAGUCAGUGAAGAAGAGUGGGAAAGACUACAGAAGGCCCUGGAAUGGCCUAGUUCAGAUCAGGAAAUCACUGAGCUGAGUGUGAGCACAAGUCCAGUCCACUCAACAUUCACUAUUGUGAGACUCAAUCAGAAUUACAGCGUAGGAGAAAAGAUCUUUGUAAUAAUCACUGCCAGAGACCACAACAACAACCUAAAAAGAUACGGAGGAGACUUUUUCAAAGUUAAGCUGUUUAAUUCAAAGCUAAAGGCGAGUGUGUAUGGGGAGGUUGUGGACCAUCGUAACGGGACUUACUCUGCUUCUCUUCUUCUGCCCUGGGAAGGUCAGGCACAAGUUUCUGUUCGUCUUGAGCACUCCAGUGAGGUUGUGCAGAUUCUGAAAAAAUACAGGGAUUCCUCAUUCACACGCAGCCACUAUAACGGACACUUUGAAGGACCAGGACCCAAUAAAACCAGAAUCAGUGAAGUAGUACAGUGUAACCUUAAGUGGGGUGCAGAUGGGAGUUGGAUUAAAGGCAACUGCUGCUGCGAGUAUAAGGAUAUUAAAACAGGGACGGUGUGGCACUGUGAGAGACCUAAGAAACUUUCUUGUGACAAACUGGUUCAUCACUCAAGAGGAGGUCUGGAAAGUCCAUUAAAUGCUUUUGAGAAGCAAAUUUUCACAAAAAAAUUAACAAAUGUUGCAAUUAAAGGAGACACGCAAUCAACUGACGUCCUUCCCAAAACAAACAACGGCACAACGGAGAGAUGCAGACCUGGCCUGACGACACCAGUACCUGCAGGUUUCUAUCUGAAUGAUGUCUGGAAGUCUUUUGUAUGCAAAACUCAACAGUUCAAUUCUGCACAAACUGGAACUUGCCUCAAAAACAAGAUUGUCUAUAUGAUGGGAGACUCCACCACAAGACAGUGGUUCGAGUGUUUAGAGAGAAAGGUGCCAGGUAUAAAAAGGAUGGACCUCCACACUCCUCCUAAAGGUGGACCCCUGAUGGCUGUUGAGUUGACAAACAAUAUUAUAGUUCACUGGGGGCCACAUGGAGUUCCUCUGCGCUUUACAAAAAUGCUGAUCACUGACCUGCAUUACAUCAGUAAUGAUAUUGAUGAAAUAGCUGGGGGUCCUCAUGCAGUGAUAGUCUUUACAAUCUUUGCUCACCUGGUUUUUCACCCGCUAACAUUCUAUGUGCAUGAAGUGGCCAAAAUCCGUCAGUCUGUCGUUUCACUGCUGAGCCGAGCACCAGAGACUGUCGUCAUCAUCAAGUCUGGAAACACUGCAGGACCAAAGGACAUUUUUCAAAGUGACUGGUACGCCAUGCAGCUGAACACGGUGAUGCAGGAGAUGUUCAGAGAUAUCGAUGGCGUAAUCUACUUCGAUGUCUGGCAGAUGACUUCAUGUCACUACCUUCGAGAAAAUAUUCACCCAGGCGCUGUUAUCGUGGCUAAUGAAGUUGAUAUGUUGCUGUCGUAUGUUUGUCCAGCCUGACAUACAAUCAGAUUAUGCUAUCGAAGGCAAAGUGAGCAUCAAGCUUACUUGCAUCUCGUGUCUGUGUUGCACUUUAGAAAUUUACAGCACAUCAAAGUUAUAGAUGAAAUAAAGCUACCUUUACAAAUGAUUUCAUAUUACAUACUGUAGCUUUCAAAUACAUUAUUAAUAUACAUUCAUUUUCUUUGUCACUGAAUAUUGAAUUUAUAUUGAAUAAAAACUGUUAUUCAUUCAUUCAUUCAUUUUCGGCUUAGUCCCUUACUAAUCCGGGGUCACGACAGCGGAAUGAACCACCAACUUAUCCAGCACAUUUUUACCAAUUUAGUUUGUUCAAUUUACCUGUACCGCAUGUCUUUGGACUGUGGGGGAAACCGGAGCACCCAGAGGAAACCCAGGUGAACACAGGAAGAACAUGGAAACAGAAAUGCCAACUGACCCAGAUGGGGCUCGAACCAGUGACCUUCUUGCUAUGACGUGACAGCGCUACCUACUGCGCCACCAUGUUACCACUGAGAGUAUUAUUAUUAUUAUAAAACGUGUGUGCACUGAAAAUUGACAAGAGGUGUUUUAGAGUGAUAUUAUUUACAACUAGGGAGUGGAGCCCAAAUGUAGUUGAUCACUACAUACACUACUACAUCAUUACAUACAGUCCAUGUCAAUUGACUAAGCUAAAUUAGCCAUAGUGUUUGUGUGUGAAUGAGAGUGUAUGGGUUUUUCCCAGUGAUGGGUCCGCUGUGGUGACUCCUGAUUAAUAAAGGUACUAAGCCUAAAAGAACGUGCAACAAAUACCUCUCACUCUACUGAUUGAUUGAUUGAUCUGUAUAUGUGUAUAUUUGUAUGUGAAAUACAAUAUAUUGUUUUAUUUGUCUUAGCCCAUGUCUAACAUUUUUACCUGAUAAACAGAAUUUGGAUGCUUUGUAGGACGUUGGGGGAGGGGGGGGGUUAAAUUGUAAAAAUAAGAAAGAAGUGUAAUUUCAUGUUACAUUUCAAGUGCCUUUUUCAGAAUGAAUGCAGUUCUAUUAGUUUUGCAUUUGCCCGACCAAACUUCAAGAGGGCAACACAAGGGACUCACAGAGUCCUUAACUUUUCUCAUUUUGACUGUAAUGUAGUAAUAAGCUGUACCUUUUUGUAAAGCUGCUUUGGAACGUUAUUUAUUGCGAAAAGAGCAAGUAGCUUAG